CGGAAAUUCCAGAAAGCGGACGACGUGCUAACAAUGGCUUGUUUGGGCGCAGAAAUAGGUUGUUAAUCGUGUUAUUCAGAGUUCCACUGUUGCUGGACGUCUAACUGCAAAGGUACAUUUCACCCCCUAUUUGGACCUCUUUGUAGGUCAUCUGUAGAUGUGGAAAUACUUCAAAUUGUUCAGGUUUUGGGCCAUGCAGUUCUGAGCUGAGGCAAGCCAAGCUACAGCACUGUGUUUGGACGACCAUCUUACCAAUCACCUUUCUUCAACCGCUCGCAAAUGGAGCUGAAAGUGUGGGUGGAUGGAGUGGUGCGGGUGGUAUGCGGACUGUCAGAAGAGACAUCUUGCCAGGAUGUGGUCAUCGCUUUGGCCCAGGCAAUUGGUCAGACAGGCCGCUAUGUUCUAAUUCAACGUCUGCGGGAUACAGAGCGACAGUUGCUGGCCACAGAAAGACCUCUUGAGUCUCUGGCCAAGUUAGGCCAACAUGGCAGUGAGGUUCAGUUUUUCCUGCGUCGCACUGGCCCGAGCAGCAGUGAUGGGCCAGGCUUAAAACAAGACAAAGUAUCCCCUAUACCCUUGCCCAAGUAUGCUGAGCCAGACCUUUUAAAACGCAGCCAACCCAAGAAGUCGCUCACGUUCAACCUGGGCCCAUCAACUUCUCCCAGAGCCAAGCAGUUCCAGAGGUCUCCUCAGGACUCCCCAGACCAAGGAGCCUCUCCUUCCUCUUCUCCGAUCCCUCCAUCUCCUCAUAAUCAAUCUCCCACACCACCAAUAGGCCCAUCCAAAGAGGAGGUCUUUAGGGCAGUUCUUCAGCAACAGGAGAGACUUAGAACCCUUAAAGCACAACUCGAAACCCUCGAACGGGAGUCUCAUACUUGGGAGCGCCACUAUCCACCUCUGUGUCCUUCACCUGUCAUUGAUGCUCGCUUCCAAGAGGAGUUGGACACUCUAGAGCAAACAGUUCGGAUGAACCAGGCUGAGCUUGCCCACGAGCAAUACUGGGAGGAGGAGUUUCAAGCUGAGACAGAGCGGGAACGAGGAAUGAGGAGGAAGCUCGGGGAGCUCCAUGCUAAGUUAGAUGAUUGCGGAAGGCGACUUCAUGAGUUCUCAAUGCGCUCCACUCAGCUCGAGCAAGAGAUCCAGCGAGAAAGUCAGAUGGAAGCCAAAAACAGAGGGCCACAGGAAUCUCUUGAUGCUGUGAAAGCUCAACUCCAGAGUCAAGAGAAGCACAGGACAGAGUUAGAGGAGCAACUCUCUGAGGCUGAUAUUGCUUUGGGGAAGGCAGAAUCUCUGCUGCAGGCAAAGCAGGAUGACCUGGAGGAGUUAAACAAGGAACUGCGGCAAUGUAACCUGCAGCAAUUUAUUCAACAAGCAGGCGUCCUGCCUGCUCACAGCCAAUCACGCACAGACCUCCAAGAGCAACUGGAGCAGUUCGAACUGGCGCAUCUUUUACAGGAUGGAUACAGAAAUGACUCGGAAUCACCGCCUCGCCCUACUGCCAAACAGUUCCUAGGACAUCCACGGAACCUACAGAACCCCCUUGUGUCCAGCCUCAACCCCGAGGUCCUGACAUCUCAAGAGUCGUCAUGGCGAUAAAACAUGGACCGCAGGGCCAGGGGAACGUUGUUCACUUAUGUCACCAUCACCUCCUAUUUAAUGCCUUUCUUUGUAAAUCCCAUUAUUAUUAGUACCAUGAUUUACAUACUGUAAAUACUUGAGAAAUAUAUUUACAAAGUUUUGCUACUGUAAUUUGCAAAUUAUCUGUAAAAUGUAAAAUAAUGUAGGAGCCUUUUACUUAGCACAAUUGUUAAAAUGUAUUUAUAUGUAAUAAGAGAAUAUCUUGUUUUAGAGAAUAAUUUGUGCUUUCAUUGUAUUUUAUUACCUAUAUUAUGAGUCAUUUCAAUUUUACAAUGCAGAAUCUUGAAGUGAAAAUCUAUCUGCAACCUCCAGCAGUAAAUGAUCAACACAAGCAUUCCAAAACUGACAUCAGGUCUUUGUGAAAUAUGAAUACACGGUUUGAAUCAUUCACACUCCUUUGCGCUUCUUUCUCAAAGCACAAUGGCUCCGGCGAUGAGUUGUGAUUAUUUCUUGGCAUUUGACUGGAAGCAUUCACAGGUGAUUGAAAAGUGCCCCCUUGCAUGCACCACAGGCAAACGUGGCAACCAUCUUGGUCUCUCAUCUGGUGUUGUUCCAGGCGAUGAAGCUACUUCGAUUGUAGAUAAUAAGGAUGUGACAAUGAAAGAAUGCUACACAUUUGUGGGCCUUGUAGGGACACCACUUCAGUCAAAUGGGUAAUGUUUCUCAUGUUUAAGUGUACUGAAGGAGUAAGUGCACAGCCUUUGUGACCAAUUUGAAUGGUAUUGUGUGGUAAGGAAAACCAUGUUAUGAAACACUUAUUUCAGGUCUGUGUAAAAGUGGAGAUAGCUGAGAAUUGAAGGAAGAAAAUUAUAGAUGUGCCUUUGCUAAAAGUGUAGUGUCAUUUCAGUAGUUAUUCCUAACAAAGUAUUUGGCCAACAAGUGGUUUUGCUUUGAUACAAAGAAAUACGUCAACAUAUCUAAAUUCAUCACCGCAAUGUAUUUGAAUAUAGCAACCAAGAUGUGAAAAUGUCUAUAUAACAUUUAGGAAUUCUGCCGGUAAUUUACUAGCCUGACUUGGGUGCAAGAAAUAUGGGCUUACUUCCCACAUUGUGUUGCUGUGAGUGUGAAUCAUUGUCAGUUUACGGUACUGCAUUUUCGCUUCAUGAUGGUCUGCCUUUUACCAUCCAUCCAUGUUCGAUAGUUCUCAUCCUCAGUAGCUGCAGGUAGUCUGCAGCCUCUACCAGCUGAAUGGGCCAGAGUCGGGGGUAUUUCCUGUGGACUGGUUGUCAGGCAAUUGCAGGGCUUUUUUUUUUUUUUUUAAACCAUUUCUUCUAACUUUUCGCAAGAUAAAGUAUUUCAGCAAAGUGACAUCAAUGCAAAUAUAACUAAUUCUCAAGAAAUAAAACGAUUCAUAGACAUCUAUAGAUGUCACCAAACUAAAUUUCCUCCCUUUGGAUGAUCUUAACUAUGGGAGAUUAUCGGAUGACUUUGCCAUUGCAGCAAAUGCUUAAUAUUUUAAUUUUCCAAGAAAUAAUUACAGUAAUGCCCCUGCUUCCACAUUUCAAAAAAAAAAAUUAUAAAUUUUUAAAUACACCUGAGGCAUUGUUUUUUUUUUUUUUUUUUUUUUUGCAUUUUACAUUUAAACAAAAUCCAUUGACUGCAGAGCAAUGGAUAAAAACAUUGUGAAGUGUUUAAAAACAAAAAAGUGUAAUAAUGCUUACCGAAAAAAUAAAAGUCUACCGCACUAUG